GUUUAACGAGGUAAUGUUUUUCUCGCAGUAGUAUGAGGAUAACAAGCCAGCGGAUCCGAGUUGCUGUUACAAGCCUUGUCAACCGACGGCGAGGAAGCUGAACUCACUUGCAGUAAUUUCUCAGAAGACCCCAGCACCAGCACAGACGGAGAAAGACGCUUUUUGCUGUUGUUUUUGUUUUUGUUCAUGGAGCCGGCGGGUUGGAGUUUGUCUGAGAUCUCUCUGCUGUCCGUGGAUUAACACAAGACUCGACUCCGAAGCGCCGUGAUAUCAAAUUAAGUGUGAAAUUGUGGAUUAUGCUUCUGGAUCAAGUGUGAAUAUUUGAGGGGUUUUUCUUUUUCUUUUUGCUUUUUUUUUGGCUGCUUGUUUCCGAGUUUGUGGGUAACAUAAACUCGAAAUUCUGUAAAGUCCGGACGAGACCAGCGGACACUUGUUGAAAUACCAUUUACCGAGCAAACCUUUGCCCAACUGCUCGUGAGCCGUGCUAACAUUAGUAGCAAAGAUUGGCUAACGAGGCUAACUACUUUCUCGAAGACUUGAGCUAAAUCUUUUGAUACAACUUGUCUCUAACACAUGUCUGUUAGAUGUUUGACCGAGGUGGAGCGUCGACAAGUUGGCAAAGUGCGUUUGUCAAAAUAGUCGAGAUGGCACUGACAGCAGCUUAGCUAACUCAGCUAGCUGCGGCUACUCGGCUCUCCGUUCGCCUCCAACGUUACGUUAGCUAUGACAGCUAGCAUUAUGUUAACGUUAGAUUCAAACAAGUGGUUCGCUGGAAAUAUGUCAAUAUGAAGUUAUAUUGUACCAUUAACUUCUUUUAAUCAACACGCCACUCUUAUUGAAAGUUAUAAAAGUUAACUUGCAAGCACUGAUAGUUUGCAAAGGCUUUAUUUACUCCACUAUCUGGGCAUAACAAGACAAGUUUUAUUUAAGAGAGCUUUAACGUUAGCUUAGCUACGUUAGCUACGAGCUCGGCUUACAAUAACAUAACAGUUACUCAAUUCUGAUACUUGAGCCUGCCGAGUUGACUCUAACUAACUUACAGCCCAUCAGUAAUGUGUGAUAUGUAUUUAAAUCUCUGAUGGGUUCACUGCAACGCUCAUUGAGAGACUUUGAAAAAUAGACUGCCAGCACCGUCUUCCACUUUUUCCAAGUAGCUGAAGUUGUAAAACUGCGGCCCGCACAAUGUCCGGCUCCCCGGGCACAGGUGGCUCAAACCCCAGGAAGUUCAGCGAAAAGAUAGCGCUGCACAACCAGAAGCAAGCAGAGGAGACGCGGGCCUUUGAACAGCUGAUGACAGACCUCACUGUUUCAAGGGUGCAGUUUCAGAAGGUCCAGCAGCUUCGUCUGUCUCAGUCACGGGCACAGUACUAUGGAGGCUCUCUGCCCAACGUCAAUCAGAUCGGCAACACCAGCACUGAAUUUCAGGGUGGUUUUCCUUCAGGGUUAGACUCCGUCAGAGGGACCCGCCACCACGGACUGGUCGAGAGGGUCCACAGGGACCGCAACCGCAUCAACUCCCCCCAUCGCCGACCCAUCGACAAGCACGGACGGCAGAUAGAGAGCUCUCCGUAUGGAACGGUGUACCUGUCCCCACCUCCGGACAACAACUGGAGAAGGGAACAGCAGCCAUGGACUGAGGAAAAACGGCCGGGGUUUAGAUUAAUAUCACAACUCAACAGAACCAACUCAGACUCUGCUCUUCAUACGAGUGCUAUGAACCCAAACCCUCAGGACCCCUUUGGCAUGAACCAGCAGAUGGGUCGAUGUCCCCCCCAGCGUAAUGGCUGGCACGUAGCUAGCGUCAACGAGGCAGAGGUGGACGGAUCUGGAGACAUCUUCUCUUUUCCCACCCUGACUAACGAGGAGAGUCUAAUAGGUGUCAGUAAGCCCCUUCCCAAGCAGCUGUGGGAGGCCAAGAAGGUCCAGACUCUGGCAUCGAGGCCUAAAUCCUGCGAAGUGCCUGGAAUCAAUAUAUUUCCGUCUCCGGAGCAGAACCCCGGUCUGUCCCACUACCAGAGCUCGUUAAACACCGGCGGCUCACUGCCCGACCUCAGCAACCUGCACUUCCCCUCCCCCCUCUCCACACCGCUGGACCCAGAGGACAACGGAGGGUACCCCAACCUCAGCGGGGGCAGCAGCACUGGAAACCUGCCGGCCGCCAUGAUGCACCUAGGCAUCGGCAACUCACAGGGUCUCUCCUCCUCUUUGAGCAACCCCUCACUUCAGGCGUCCCUCAACAACUGCCAACUGCAGUCAUCGCUCAGCAAUCCCUCCAUCAACUCGUCCCUGCGUCUGUCCAGCAACUCCCCGCGGCGACGGCCGGCUCCCAUCAGCCCCCUCACCCUGUCCCCCGGUGCCGAGCAGCGCAGAGGUCUGGCCAAGCAGCUGUCUCCCACCAUGUCCCCCUCGCUGUCCCCGAUCACGCAGGGAGUUGCUUUGGAUACCAGCAACAUGCCGAGGGAGCCGCCCCCACCCUAUCCGCUCUACCAACAAUCCCAGCAUGCAGUGGACCAGGGCCGACAGUGCCAGCAUCAGCACCAGCAGCAGCAGCAGCAGCAGCAACAACAACAACAACAACAGCAACAGCAGCCUGUUUCCCCUCUGCAGAACAUCCCGCUGGACUUCAACACGAGCCAACACAACAACAUGGCGACGCUCUUCAACGACCCCUUCAUGGAGCCGCAGUACUCCAAUCGCCAGAGCAAGACCUCCGCCUAUCAGUUGGACCAGUUCAGUCUGUUGGAAAACGCCAUGAGCUCCACGGCGGGGGGUUCUUGCUUCGACCCUUCCUCCUCCUCCUCUCUCUACUACUCCCAGGCGGCCCUCACGGGGCUGGGCGGCAGCCAUGGCAACCUGCAGGACCCGAUGCACAUGAGGUCUAACAUGCUGUACUCCAACUGCAGCGGAGGACUGCCCAACAUCAUACUCACCGACGACUCCAACCCCAGUCUGUCAAAGGACAUCAGCAGCGCUCUCUCGACGGUGCCCGAAUGUUUCGACUCGGAGGGAGGCUUCCCGCUGGAGGACGAGCUGCGCAUCGAACCUCUCAGCCUGGACGGUCUGAGCAUGCUCAGCGAUCCCGACAUGGUGCUGCCGGACCCGUCGGUGGAGGAUACGUUCCGCAGCGACAGACUCUGAGCCUAAAGAGCGUCACAGGUUUCAAGAAAGAGACGUUUUUUCAUUUUUUUUUCUCCCACACACACACACACACACAUGAAUUUGCAGUGUAUAGAGUGUACAAAUCUGAAUAUGCAUGCAAACAUUUUCUAUAGGGCCACUGUGCAUGCAUCCACUGCCACUAAGAUUCAUUAAAUGUGAACCGUGCACACGCUUUCUAAGGAGGAGACUUUUGAACAAACAUAUUUCUCAUCAUAAUUUCUGAUCAUAUUUCUCGAGACGUUUUAUUUCUAAUAAGGCGGAUCAAUGCAGUUUGUGGGUAAAAAAAAUAAAACAAAUCAGCUCUGAGACUCUGCACCUCCUCCAACCAAAAAGACAAUCCAGUGAGGAGCCCUCCCGCUUCUCUCUCUCUCUCUUUCUCUCUCUCAUCACCAGCUCACAGCCCCCCCGAAGCCAUGGCAACCUCGUCGCCAUGGUUACACACCAUAGCAACCCCCCCCCCCUCCAUCACAUCGCUGAAGAGCAGCAGAAAUGCCAACACACACACAAUUUACUUUUUUUUUUGUUUGUUUUUCCUCACAACUACGUGAGCGACUCACAGCUGGAGCAGCGAUACGUGUUGCUGGUAAAACAUCUGGCAGCGGUGUGCCGUGGCUACUUCAGGCUCCUGAACGAUCGUGGUAGAAAUGAAGACUCAGAGGGAUUGAAGCUUUUUUUUGUUUAGUAUCAGAUUAUUUUUUAAAAGAUGUUUGCCACAGAUUUUAUGGCCUCAAUUGACAGUCUGAUCAGAAUGUAUUUUCAAACUAGACGACAAAAAGGGCAAACUGUUUACAAAGAUGAGAUUUUAAUAAGUAAAUAUUACUAAAGAGUAUAGAUUUUUUUUUUUUGAAUUUCUAAUUAAGAAAUAAAAAGAUGUGCAGAGUAAAUGCUAUAUAUAUUUUUUUCCUGGUGAUUUGAUGGAUAUAUCCCCCCUUCCUCCUCGGACACGGAUGAGUCGGCUGUGAUUUCUUCCGGCAGCACUGGGACGGCGUACAAAUCCAUUUAUGAAAAAGAUUUAAAAAAAAAAAAAAAAAAAAAAAUGGAACUUAACAUUUUUUGACAUGUUUUUAAAGAUACUUCUAUGUACAUUCAUUGCAUAUGUUUUAUUUUACUUUUUUUUUUGUACCGAAUUGUAACGGCGCUUGUACUGUACUUUAAAAAAAAAAAAAUCUGGUUGUGAAUAAGGGCAUGCGCUGUGCUACUGUGGAUCGAUUAUGUCCCAAGUAUCUGUUUGCAUCCGGCUUUCUGUCCUCGUGUUGCGGCAGUACAGUAAACCCCCCCCCCCCCCCAUCCCUUCCUCCUCCCUCCUCCUCCUCCUCUGUGGCUGAAAAAAGUCAAAGUGACUCAUCCAGAGAGCAGACUGUAAUCAUGUGGACAUCGGACAUCAUGUAACAUUGCACUUAAACCUCUUUUUUGCACUAAUUGGUUCACAUUGUGAUGAUUUUUUUACCCCUGGUAAGACUGUUUGUUUGUUUUUGUUUUUACCUGAUAACCCAAAGAAGCUGAACGAAGCCAUUAAUACAAAGAAAAGUGAGGCUUUAUGUGACUAAAUAUGUCUAGUCAGUGCACAUACACACGUUUCAAAGUACCAGCAGCAGAUGUUACAUUUUGAUGUAAGAAAAUUUAUUAAAAAGUAUAUAUAUAUAUUUUCUGGGCUUUGACCGUGUAGUCCGAUAGAAAUGUUUUUUGUAACGAGCUCAUAUUUACAGUUGAUGAUGUAAUGACUCGGCCGUUCAGGGCGUGAAGUGUCCCCUGUUGUGUAUCAUAAUUAAAAUACAAUUACUGCAAUUCAAAGAGCUAUUUUUAAUAUUGUUUAUAAGAAUAAAAAAAAAAAGAUUUGGAGCAAUUUGCUCUUUUAGCUAUGCAACUUUUUUUUUUUUUUUUUCCAUUGAUGAUGAGUGAAACCUGUUGAACAGGUGCAUCUUGUACAUUAUGCAGCUUGUAAUGUACACAAUGUUGGGGGAUCAAAAUUUGAUUUAAACAAAUAAGAAAAAAAAAAAAAAAUCACAAUAUUACAUGUGUCCAGUGUCCACAGUGUGUGUCAACAGUCGGAGAACAAGAGCGUCGUAAAGGAACUCAUCGUUUAAACUCGCGACAUUUUGGAUUUGCAGGCGAAACGCUGCAUGGCACUGUUUGUGUUUUUAUUUUUGUUGUUGUUUUGUUUUUAACUUCUCAGUCAGAAGGUGUCAAACCUGCACUGUGUGGACUGCGGGGUUUUUUUUUGUUGUUUUUUUUUUGGAGUGUAUGAAAGAGAUUCAGUGUGAUUUUUAUUUGUCGAAUACAAAAAAUGAAGAGGGGUGUUUCUGGGUAUCAUGAGGUUGUUUUUUUUUAUAAGAGUUUAUAUUCAGCUAUUAUACGUUUUUACCUGCUCUCUUGUCUCUUGUAAAACUCUGUGGGGGUUAAGUGAUGGAGCCACUUUGCUGUUUUAAAUCUUCCCUUCUUCUUCUUCUCUCUCUCUCUCUUUACGUCUGAAUGCAUCUGAAACGUUUCCCGGCCUGUUUCCUGCUGUCUAAACGCCUGCCUUCUGCUGCCUUACUUUGUUGUAUUUUGACUUUUUUCAUAUUCCAGCUAGUAACGACUUCUCUUUAGCUUCUAGUUCUGUUUGGUACCAACUGCUCGUGGUUCUUUUUUUCUGUCACUUAGUCUCACUUCUGUUGUUGUUUUUUUUUUAUUUUGUUUUUGUUUUUGGUGUCUUACUUUUUUUUUUUUUUUAGUUGCAUAUUAAAAAUGUACAGUUCUGUUAUUUAAAGAAUGUUUAUGUCCACUAGUGUUACUACUUUUUUUUUUUUUUUUUGUAAUUUCAUUGAGUUUUUUUUUUUUUCCCCUCCCAAGAUAUAAAAUUUUCUUGGUUUGUAACGUAUGUUAUAGUGCUUACCUUUCUGAUUUAAUAUAAACAAUAAAACUCUAUACUGUG